GAUUUUAUCCUACACGUGGUUCAAGACUUUGAAAGUGGGCAUUGAACUGUCAAUGCAUGAUUGUGUGAUAAAAUUCUGCUGGCGACUUUAAACAGAGGAAGAUGCAAAUCAUGGGCCUGGUGGUCUGUCUUGUCCUUGUGAUCCUGCUUUCUGGAAGGUCCACAGGAUCCGUAUCACAUGUGGACCCUGAAGUAAACAUGAACGUGACGGAAAUGAUCAGGUACUGGGGAUACCCAAGUGAGGAGCACUUGGUCCAGACAGAGGAUGGGUAUAUCCUGAGUCUUCACCGAAUCCCUCAUGGCCGGAAGAACCAUUCUGAUAAAGGUCCCAAACCAGUUGUCUAUCUCCAGCAUGGCUUUCUGGCAGAUUCUAGUAACUGGGUCACGAACAUUGACAACAACAGCCUGGGCUUCAUACUGGCUGAUGCUGGUUUUGAUGUGUGGAUGGGGAACAGCAGAGGAAACACCUGGUCUCGGAAACAUAAAACUCUCUCCGUUUCUGAAGAUGAAUUCUGGGCCUUCAGUUUUGAUGAGAUGGCAAAAUAUGACCUACCUGCUUCAAUUAACUACAUUGUGAUUAAAACUGGUCAAGAACAAGUGUAUUAUCUGGCUCAUUCUCAAGGUACCACCAUAGGUUUCAUAGCAUUUUCACAGAUACCUGAGCUGGCAAAGAAGAUUAAAAUGUUUUUUGCCUUGGGUCCUGUGGCGUCUGUCAAUUUUGCCUCGAGCCCCUUGAUCAAGAUUGGAAAGUUGCCAGACUUUCUUCUUGAGAACUUGCUUGGACACAAAGAGCUUUUCCCCCAGACCGCCAUACUGAAAUGGCUGAGCACUCACUUUUGCACUCACGUUGUCCUGAAGGAGCUUUGUACAAAUAUCUUCUUUCUUAUAUGUGGCUUCAAUGAGAAGAAUUUAAAUGCGUCUAGAGUGGAUGUGUAUACAUCACACUGUCCAGCGGGAACUUCUGUGCAAGACUUAGUACACUGGGCUCAGGUUAUUAAAAGCCAUAAGUUUCAAGCUUUUGACUGGGGAAGCAGUGCCAAGAAUUAUUUUCAUUACAACCAGAGUUACCCUCCCGUGUAUGACUUAAAAGGCAUGCGUAUACCCACUGCUGUGUGGAGUGGGGGCCGGGACUGGCUGGCAGACACCAGUGACAUCAACUUCUUACUGACACAGAUCCCCAACGUGGUGUACCACAAGUGCCUCCCUGACUGGGAACAUCUGGAUUUUCUCUGGGGUUUGGAUGCCCCCUGGAGGGUGUACAAUGAAAUAGUCAGUCUACUGAGGAAAUACCAGUAAAAGUCAGACUUGAGACAUGUACCCUCAAAAAGUAUGGCAAAAAGAUAGAUGUUUGCUUCAUUUCUUUAAUACUUGUGUUUUCCUUGCUUAGAUCUUUUUUUUUUUUUUUUUUUUUUUCCUUAAUGCAAGAGGAUGAUGGCUUUGAAGUUAUCUGUGCUCUCUAGUUAGCAGCAUGCUACUUGUCUUAUGCUUAAUUAUGACUAACUAGCUAUCGUCACAGCCUGUGAUGCCUUUCUAAGUCUUUAAAAGGUAUGGGUGUGAAAAUGUCAUUGUAAUCAUUAUGUUACUUUUUCCAAUUGUUUUUGAUGUAAGUGUGCCACUUAUACAAGCAUAUACAUAUGCUAUGCACUGGCCAGACCUGCCUUGUGUGGAGGUCAGGGCUAGUGUCAGGAUGUCUUCUUCAGACUCUCGUCAUCUCAUUUUUUGAGGCAGGGUCUCUCACUGAACCUGGAGCUUGCUAUUUCAGCUAGACUGGCUGGCCAAUGAGCCUCUAGGAUCUGCCUGUCUCUACCUUCCCUUUCAUUAAUGCUGGGCCUAUAGGCACAUGAUGCCCCACCAAGUGGUUUUUACUUUGGUUCUAGGGGUGUACACUCAGGUUCCCAUGCUUGUGGAACAAGCGCUUUGCCCACUGAACUAUCUCCCUAAGCCCUCCAUAAUUCAAAAGCUAUGCAAUUACUUUUCUGUUCCCACCACACACAAGUGGGAGCAUAUAGGACACUUCACGCUAUCAUUUUUGGUAGCAAAAACAAAUCUGUCUCUGAUUUGAACUCAGUAUGAAAAAUACCUUGUUCUGGACUUGACAUGGCAAUGGAGAUCUGCAAUCCAGGGCCUCGGGAGACUGAGGCUAGGUUUAGGUUUUAUCCAGAGAGUAAGACUUCAUCUCAAAAAAAAAAAAAAAAAAAAAAAAAACCAAA